CCGCCGCCGGUGCCGCCCACGGUGCUGGUGCCGUCGGAGCGGGCCGUGGUGCUGCUGUCCUGCGCGCUCUCCGCGCUCGGCUCCGGCCUGCUGGUGGCCACGCACGCCCUGUGGCCCGACCUGCGCAGCCCGGCGCGGCGCCUCUUGCUCUUCCUGUCGCUGGCGGACCUGCUCUCGGCCGCCUCCUACUUCUACGGGGUGCUGCAGGACUUUUCGGGGCCCUCGUGGGACUGCGUGCUGCAGGGCGCGCUCUCCACCUUCGCCAACACCAGCUCCUUCUUCUGGACCGUGGCCAUCGCCCUCUACCUGUACUUCAGCAUCGUGCGCGGCGCGCACGGGCCUCGCGCCGGCCGGCUGCUCUGGGCUUUUCACCUGGUCAGCUGGGGUGUCCCUCUGGCCGUCACCGUGGCUGCUGUCUUGCUAAAGAAGAUCGGCUACGAUGCCUCGGAUGUGUCUGUGGGCUGGUGCUGGAUCGACCUGGAGGCCAAGGACCGCGCGCUGUGGAUGCUGCUGACCGGGAAGCUGUGGGAGAUACUGGCCUACGUCACGCUGCCCGUGAUCUACAUCCUCAUCAGGAAGCACAUUAGCAGGGCGCACGCAGCUCUCUCCGAGUACCGGCCCAUCCUCUCGGACGAACACCAGCGGCCAUACUACACCUCCGCGGCUGACCGGAAGCUGAGCCUCAUCCCGCUCAUCUUCAUCUGCCUGCGCGUCUGGAGCACCGUGCGCUUCGUCCUGACGCUCUGCGGCUCCCCGGCUGUGCACACGCCCGUGCUCGUGGUCCUGCACGUAGGUCCCCCUGUCGCCCAGCUUAUUGAUCCCUCUGGGGGGUGGCUGCUGUGCAGCCAGGUCUCUGCCCCAGGCGGAAUGCUGGCCUGCGCCUCCCCUGCUGCGCCCUGA